AUGAAUGGUGAUAUGCCUCAUGUUCCCAUCACUACUCUCGCCGGAAUCGCAAGCCUCACAGACCUGUUAAACCAACUUCCACUGCCCUCACCUCUCCCUGCCACCACCGCCAAGAGUCUGCUCUACAAUGGACGGAUCUCUGAAGAGGUCAGCAGCCUUUUGGUGUGUCGCGACGAAAAUCUGGUGACUCAGUUGGCACACGGCCUCAACCAGGUCUCCACAGAGCACAUAGAGCUAAAAGACAACUUGGGGAACGAUGAGCCUGAGGGUGACAUGCCUGUGCUCUUGCAAACUCUGCUGUCCAGAAAUCCCAAAAUCUUCCGGGACAAAAGUGUAAUCCAACAACCAGCGGUACAACAGUAUAAGAUUUCUCCAAAUCAGGUGCACAGGAGUCCAGCACCAAAUUAUCAGCAGUCCCCAGUCCCUCAAAGGACUUCUGGAUGUUUCAGCUCGCCGCAGUCUGGGUCGAGAGCUCGGUUCAUAUCACAACAGCAACAACAUUCAAAUAGCCCCAUCCCUAGUCCCUACACUCCUCAGAGUCCUGCUGAUUACAUGCAAUACAGUCCACCCAGUUACUCUCAACACCAGCAGACACAGCAAGUUGGGGGUAACAUUAGGACUCUCCACAACAAGGUGUCAGCACAGCUAUCGAGUAAUGCUUCCAAUCAUCAUGCCAAAUCAGGCUCAGAUGAUGACUAUGUCAACGUUGCCCACAGACUUGGAAACGAGGAAAAUGAGCACUCCAUGAUGGCCGCCUUGUUUCCAGUCAAGUCCCCGCAAUCUGUGUGUUCCCCGGAUGAGAGUGAAGAACCAUCUAAGUGGUCCAGACCUCUACUCAUAAUGCAGUCACCUCCCUCCGAUGUCCCGGCCAGCGCAGCUCCCAACAUGCUGCUCUCCUCUGCCGAGCGCAAAAAGAAACAAAAACAAAGGAGCAAGGCGAGCAGCGACCACAUUGAGAAAAACGCCUUGUACGACAUUGUGAGCUCCCCGAUGAAAGACUCUGCUAGAUUGACUUUAAAGCUAUCCAGAGUGAAGACCGCAGAAAAAGAACAGCAUGGAGAGCCUUCUCCCAGGACGGAUGCGGAACAAGCGUACCUGACGAACAGUAAAAACACCUUGCCGAAUGUUGAACAGGACUUGCCGUUGAAGUUUGCUGCAGAGGAGCCACCGAACUGUCAGCAGACGCCGUUCCAGCCAAACGAGAACGCUGCCGUCUCCACGGCGGUACUGCUGGAUGACGCAGAAGCCGACAUUGAUGCUCUAGUAGAGAUCGAAAGAACCGAACAAGAGUCUGUCAGUGAGAGGGAGCGAUGGUCCAAAGAAGUCCAAGAUAAAGACAAACCACUGAAAAAACGCAAACAAGACUCGUAUCCUCAGGAACUGGGAGUCGACGCGAGCGACGGUUUGCAAGGCGGAAACGCCAGCAGCCAGUUGACACCCAAGAAGACAAAUGCGGCGAGUAAUGGUUCCGGUCGUCCUGCUUUGAUGGUCAGCAUCGAUUUGCAGCGGGCUGGCCGAGGAUUACGGCAGCCCGUCGUGGUGUUAGAGGCCAAGCAUCUUUGUGAUGAGCACAUUCUGCGCUUGGGUUCCGAGGUAGAAGCAGAGAAAAACAACGCCUGCCAACUGCCCAUUACUGAUAAGCAGUCCGAUGAUUUGGGAAAGUCCACCUCAGAUAACCGUUUGAAGGAGACGAAGGAGACGAAUGAAACUCAGCGGAAGUCCAAACAUAGAGUGGACAGUGAAAAGUGGGACGGAAAAAUCAGAGACUCGCCAAGGCUGAAACACAGGGAUCCAGAGUCUCGAAACAGGGAGGAAAAGAACGACAAUGGUCAUUGUCAAGCAGAGGCCCAAAAAACCACCAGCAAAGCAGAACGUAAUGAGGACAAAGGCAGGGAGAAGAAGAGGAUUAGAGAUCAAGACAUGGAAAAAGACAGGAAUAGGGAAAAAGACAGGGACACAGACCAAGUUCUAGAUGAGGAAAGAGAGAGGGACAGGGAAAAGAUAAGAGAUAAAACCAAAAUUAGGCAAAAGGAUACGAGCAGAAAUAGGGAUAAAGAAAAAGAUAGGGGAAAGGAGUGUGAUGAAGAUGGAGUAAAAGAUAGGGUAAAGGAUAAGGACAAAUAUCGUGAGGAGAGAGACCAAGUUAGAGAUCGCGAUAAAGAUCGAGGCAGGGAAAAAAAUCACGGGAAAGAUCGACUUAAACAAAAGGAUAGAGUUCGUGAGAAAGACAGAGUCAGGGAGAAGGGACAAGACCGGGAGAAAGAUCACUUUAAGGAGAAAGAACGGGAUAAGGAGCAAGAGAGGGAAAAAGAUCGAUUAAAGGAAAAAGCACAAGAUAAAGAACUAGAUAGUGUGAAAGAUCGAUUAAAGGAUAAGGAGCCUGAUAAGGAGAAAGAUCGACUAAAGGAGAAAGAGCAGCAUAAGGAACUGGAGAGGGAGAAACAGCGAUUAAAGGAGAAACAGCGAAAUAAGGAACUGGAUAUGGAGAAAGAUCGCUUUAAAGAGUCAGACAUGAAUAAAGACAAAUUAAAGAGGAAAGAUCGGGAUAAAAAAGACAAAAUUAAAGAGAAGGAGCGCAAUAGGGAUAAAGGCUCGGAACGAGAGACGGAUGAAACUAAAGAAAGAGUCAGGGAAGACACCACCAGAAAGCACAAAGCAUCGAGAGAUAACAACAACAAACGGGACCUGUCUCCGGAUAGGAUGCCCAAUCAGGACAAGGAUAACAAAAUCAGGCAAGAUGGUAGCAGACACUCCAGUGAUCUUGAAAGGACAGAAAAAUCUAAAUUUCCAACACUGCAAAAUAAAAAGGAGAGGAAAGGAGGGGACGAAAGCAAGCAAAUUUCCUUUGAGAAAAAAUCUAGUGAAUUUCCCUCAUACUUACUGGGAGGGAACUCCGGGACACUGAAGAACUUUGUGAUUCCUAAAGUGAAACGGGAAGUGGUCGAUAAAGCUACCACCCUCUCAGGCAACUUGGUUGACGUUUGGAAAGAACCUCGCGUUCUGCUGGAAAGGAGGUCGUUGAUCGAAAACCUCAGCAGAGGCGUCAAACCUGUUGUAAUGCUGAAGAGACUGCACAUUGACGACAUACGAAGCAUCAAGAGGGAACUGAAGGAAAUGUACAGGUGCCGGAAGUGGUCUUCUACUCACAGAACGAGUGAGGCAUCAUUUAAUGACAGGGCAAACAAGCGACGACACAGUAUGAUCAGUAAAACGCCUAAGUACAAUGAAGACUCCAAUGGAGAGGAGGAAGAAACUGAUGAUGACAACGACAGUGACUGCUCGGACAACGAGGUGUCAAAGAAAAGGCGGAGGAAAGGUCAGGACAAGUUGUGGAAGGGUGAUUCAAAAAAAGGUCGUCAACGUCAACAGAACUCGAGCUCGGACGAAAGUGACGGUAGUCUAAUGCCAAAUAUGGGUGAUGUGGCCAAAAAAUUGAAGAAAAAACAUAAAGACAGAAAGGCGUAUGAAAAAAUGCGAACUGAGGAUUUGAUGGACUCCUCCGCAUUCAAGAGAUUUUCUGCUAGUGUGGACAACAUUCUGGAUAGCCUGGAGGACAUGGACCUGACUGCUGCAGAUGACGAUGGUGAUGAUGAAAUACCGCAGGAGCUGUUGCUUGGAAAGCACCAGCUGAGUGAGUUAGGUAGUGAUUCGGCAAAGAUGAAAGAUAUGGGCAUCUUUUAUAAGGUUUCAUCAGAGAAAUUAGUGAAAUUUAUGAACAUCCUGGAAAAGAACAUUCAGGACAGUGUCAAACUGUCCACAUUAAUGAACCAUGGUAACGACUCCAUGGACGAGGAGCGUCUGUGGCGUGACCUCAUCUUGGAGCGGGUGACAAAGUCGGCUGAUGCCUGUCUGACAGCGCUCAACAUCAUGACUUCACCACGCGUGUCCAAGGCAGUUUUCAUAGAAGACGUCAUUGAGCGGGUGUUGCAAUAUACCAAGUUCCACUUGCAAAACUCCUUGUACCCCCAGUAUGAUCCGGCGUACAGAGUCGAUUCCCACGGAAGUGGUGGGCAUAAUUUCAAAGGAAAGAAAGCAAAAAUAUCAGGCCAUAAACAGAAGACAGUGCUCGUUCUCUACGGCAAAGUGUGUGACAUUAUCAGCAGCCUUUCAGAGCUGGUGGAGAUCCAACUGCUCACCGACACAACAAUUCUCCAGGUGUCAAACUUAGGCAUCACUCCGUUCUUUGUGGAGAAUGUCAGUGAGCUGCAGUUGUGUGCCAUUGCAUUGGUGACCGCGGUGUUCUCCCGUUACAGGAAGCACAGACAGCUCAUUCUUGAAGAGCUCUUUAACUCAAUGGCCAGGCUACCAUCCAGUAAACGCAACCUGAGAAACUUCAGAUUAAAUGGCAGAGGUUCAGAUGGAAACGUCAAGCAUAUUCAGAUGGUCACCGCUUUGGUUCUUCAGCUCAUCCAGUGUGUGGUACAGCUCCCCUCCACAAAGGAUGGAGAAGAUGAACACAAUAAGAAGGUGGACAAAGACGUCUUCAUCACCAAUUCCUAUGAGACUGCCAUGAGGACGGCUCAGAACUUUCUGUCAGUGUUUCUGAAGAAGUGUGGCAGUAAGCAGGGAGAGGACGACUACAGACCUUUAUUUGAGAACUUCGUCCAUGACCUCUUGUCAACUGUCAACAAACCCGAGUGGCCUGCCGCUGAACUGCUGCUCAGUUUGCUGGGUCGCCUUUUGGUGCACCAGUUUAGUAACAAGCAGACAGAGAUGGCGCUUCGAGUGGCCUCACUGGACUACCUUGGCACUGUUGCCUCUCGCCUCCGCAAAGACGCUGUCGACAGUAAGAUGGACCAAAAGGCUAUUGAGCGCAUUCUCAAAGAGUAUCCCGGUAAUGAUGAGACGCAGCAACUUCAGAGAGCCCUGCUGAGCUACAUAGAGGAGAGCAGCGAAAUCGAUACCUCUCUCUUGUUUGCCAGGAAUUUCUACAUCGCCCAGUGGUACAGAGACGUCACGAGCGAGGCAGACAAGGCCUUGAAGUUGCACAACGAUGACGAAGACGACGCAAAGGUUUCAUAUGCCGACAGAGACCUUGACUCCACUGAGGAGAUUGUGCAGAGGGCCGAAUUGCGGAAAAAGUUUCUGCGCAAAGUCAUCAGGAAUUCUCACGCCAGGAUCAGCUCUGACGCAGUAGACUACAAAGACUCUUGUCUGAUUGUCCGAUACCUGGCCUCUACGAGGCCGUUUUCACAGAGCUUUGACAUUUAUUUAUCACAGAUCCUGAGAGUGCUCGGUGAGAGCGCCAUUGCAGUCAGAACUAAAGCCAUGAAGUGUCUCUCAGAGGUUGUGGCUGUGGACCCAAGUAUUCUAGCAAGGACGGAUAUGCAGCGUGGCGUUCAUGGCCGUCUCAUGGACAACUCCACCAGCGUACGAGAGGCUGCCGUGGAGCUUGUUGGACGUUUUGUACUCAGUCGACCUGAGCUCAUUGAGCAGUACUAUGACAUGCUCAUCGAGAGGAUAUUGGACACAGGUAUCAGCGUAAGAAAGAGAGUCAUCAAGAUCCUGAGAGAUAUUUGUCUGGAGCUGCCGGAUUUCCACAAAAUCACAGAGAUGUGCGUCAAGAUGAUCCGAAGGGUCAACGACGAGGAGGGGAUUAAGAAAUUGGUGAAUGAGACCUUCCAGAAACUCUGGUUCACACCCACACCCAGCAAUGACAAGGACGCCAUGAUCAGAAAAAUCCUGAAUGUCACAGAUGUGGUGCUUGCGUGUAAAGAUUCUGGCUAUGAUUGGUUUGAGCAGCUUCUCCAGAAUCUCCUCAAAUCAGAAGAAGCUGCUUCAUACAAACCUGCAAAGAAGGCCUGCAGUCAACUGGUGGACAAUCUGGUGGAGCAUAUAGUGAAAUACGAGAAGUCAAUUGAAGAGUGUGAGGACAAAGGUGUGAGCUCCGACCGCCUGGUGGCAUGCGUCACUACGCUGUAUUUGUUCAGCAAGAUUCGACCACAGCUGAUGGUCAAACACGCCAUGACCAUGCAGCCCCACUUGACCACCAAAUGCAACAAUCAGAAUGACGUCAUGGUGAUUUGCAAUGUUGCCAAGAUCCUGGAGCUGAUUGUGCCUCUUAUGGACAAUCCCAGUGAGAAUUUCCUCACUGUCAUCGAAGAAGAUCUCAUGAAGCUAAUACUCAAAUAUGGAAUGAUGGUUGUGCAGCACUGCAUAAGCUGUCUCGGUGCUGUGGUAAACAAGGUCACACACAACUACAAGUUUGUUUGGGCUUGUUUCAACCGUUUCUAUAAUGCCCUAGCCAAACUGAAGACCCAGCAUCAGGAGGACCCCAACAGUCACACCUUGGUGACCAACAAGCCCACCCUACUGCGCUCGCUGUUCACGGUUGGUGCUUUGUGUCGACACUUUGAUUUUGACCAAGAAGAGUUCAAAGGUGCCAGCAAGCUCAUAAUUAAGGAGAAAAUCUUGGAGCUUCUUCUGUACUUUACAACGCACAAAGAUGAGGAGGUCCAGGUCAAGGCCUUGAUAGGUUUAGGUUUUCAGUUCAUCAUGCACCCUGAGCUGAUGUUCGUGCAAGACGUCAAGAUUCUCUACAACACCACUCUGUCGGAUGACAACAGUUUGGUCAGUCUGAAAAUUCAAGUGCUUAAAAACAUGCAGACAUAUCUACAGGAGGAAGACUCGCGAAUGCAAGAAGCCGACCGUGAAUGGAAGGAAAAGGCCAAACAAGAGGAUCUAAAGGAGAUGGGUGACAUCUCUUCAGGCAUGAGUAGCUCCAUCAUUCAGAUCUACCUGAAGCAUGUGUUGGACUCCUUCCUGCACACGCAGUCCACUGUUCGCCACUUUGCUCUGAGUGUCAUCACGCUGACACUCAGCCAGGGCCUCAUCCACCCUGUGCAGUGCGUGCCCUACUUGAUUGCCAUGGGAACUGACCCGGAGCCAACCAUGAAGAAUAAGGCUGAUCAACAACUGGUGGAGAUUGAUAAGAAAUAUUCAGGUUUCAUCCAUAUGAAAGCAGUCGCGGGGUUGAAGUUGUCUUAUCAGAUCCAGCGUGCCAUUGCCGGGUCCUCACAAGCAGUCCUCCGAGGCUUCCGUCACCAAGAAACCGACGCGGCCCUCUGCUCGCAUCUGUACACUUUGGUCCGGGGGAACCGCCAACAUCGGCGAGCCUUCCUCAUUUCACUGCUUAACAUGUUUGACGACAGCUCUAGAACUGAGGUGAACUUGCUGCUAUUUGUAGCAGACAACUUGGCCUGCUUCCCUUACCAAACGCAGGAAGAACCUCUUUUCAUCAUGCACCACGUGGACAUCACUUUGUCUGUUUCCGGAAGCAACCUGCUGCAAUCUUUUAAAGAGUCUUUAAUAAAAGGCCCAAUACCACGUCCGAAAAAGAUAAAGAAGAAGAAGAAAAAGAAGAAGAAGAAGAAGACAAAGCCUCGGAAGAUGCGAGACAGCUCUGACGACAGCGGGGAAAGCAGCAGCCAAUCCAGCAGCAGUAGCAGCAGCAGCAGCAGCGAGGAAGAAGAAAAAGAGCCGGAAAAGAUCUACGCGCAUUCUGACUCUGACAUGGAUGACGAGGACGUGGUGAUGGCCCGGCUCCCCGAGGACCCGAAGCCUCUUCUGGACUUUUCCAUGGCUUCGCAGGGAAUCUUACUGCUACUAGUGCUCAAACAACAUCUCAAAAAUCUAUACGGCUUCUCAGACAGUAAAAUUCAGAAGUACUCACCAACGGAAUCGGCCAAAGUGUACGACAAGACUGUGAACAGAAAAUCCAAGGUGCACUUCAACCCACGCCAGACUCUGGACUUCCUGAAAAUCGGUCCAUCCAGCACAGGCAUCAGCAACGAGACCAAGAAGGAUAUCGUCAAACAGUACUUACACUUCAAAGUGCUGAUGGAGCACCUGGACCGUGAAGAAGAAGAAGAGGAGGGCGAGGACAGCGCGCAAGCUAGAAACAAAGCAAUAACUUCACUUCUGCGGAGCUCCAAACCUCGAAACCACAACCACAACAAUCACUCAGCGCCGGUGGAAUCCGAAGAUGAGGAGAGCGAUGAUGAUGACCCCACGCCGCAGAAGACACGACGAGGCGACGACGAGGCGGAAGAUCCUGGCCACAUGAACGAGAGCGUGGACGUGACGGACGUGGUGGCCAUCUGCUGUCCCAGAUAUAAAGACAGGCCACAGAUCGCCAGAGUGGUGCAGAAGACCAAAAGCGGCUACAGCGUACACUGGAUGUCCGGUUCCUACUCCGGGCCCUGGGCUGUGGCCAAGAAACGGGACGGUCGCAAAAAGGUGCCUUGGUUGGACAAUAUCAAGGAGUCAGACAUUAUUUAUAAGAAAAUCUCCUUGACAAGCGGACACAAGCUGACAAACAAAGUGGCACAGACGUUACGGGCACUUUAUGCCGCCAAGGACGGGACUAAGCAUUAG